CCGGAGAGCAGGCAGAGGCGAGGGAGGGGAGAGCCGCGACAGACGACGCUCCGUACAUGACAGCGGAUUCGCCUCUUUUCCUGCCAACUUCCUGACAACGAUGACAAUAUGGCAGCUGAACGAGCCAGGUCCUUCCGUGGUGCUGGGAGCCUCAUGCGGAGUAAAUCUGAGGGGACACUGAUUGAUCUCAGUGACAACAGCUCAACCUUCAACAACCUGAAUGGAGGAUACGUGCCAAGAGCGACACACAACUCCAACUGGCAGCAUUCACAGACAGAAGCCUCGCAAUUAUCUCCAACUAACAAUCCCUUUUGGGGCAAACUCUCUGCAUCAAACCCUUUCUUAGAUGAGAUUGUACUCCGCAGGAAAGACAAACGCAUAGCGGACACGAUAGAUGGAAAACAAGAGAAUAAACAACAUACAGAACCAAGAAAUGAUGAUGAGCUGAGCACCUCUUCAGAUGAAGGCAAUGUGGGGAACUUUUUGGAAAAGAAGAACUUAGGCACCAACAGAUCUGGGAGAUGGAGGAGCGCCUCCGACAUCCUGGACGACCUGGAGAGGAAGGAGCCAAAACCGGAGAGCGUCUUCAGACCCCCCGAGCCAGUGUUAAACCCAGACUUUGAGUGGCUGAAGAAUGACAGAGAGGCCUACAAGAUGGCCUGGCUGAGCCACAGACAGCUGACCCGCUCAUGUCUGGACUUAAACCUGAUGAGCCAGAGUCCAGGCUGGGCCCAGACGCAGGCCACUAACUUUCAGGUCGUCUCCAGAAUCGGUCACGGCGGAGGCUUAGUGCAGAUCCCACAAUCGGAAAUUAGCAUGCAUAUCCCAGAAGGACAUGUUCUGCCAGGAGAGGUCCAGGAAGUUACUCUGAAAGCGAUGCUGGAUCCUCCUCCUGGACUCAACAACAACUACGUGACGACCAUGAGCCCGCUUCUGGAGGUGCUUCUCAGUAACGUCAACACGAAGGAGCGUCCAUCUCUGGAAAUUAAACUUUCGGGGGAGGUGAAAGACGAACCUUCGAGCCAGGUGAUGACCACACUGUACGGGCUCGUGUCCAACAAAAGAGAGGGACCUUAUCUCAAAACCAAUGACUGUCAAAUCCACAAGAACAUGAUGCAGAUGAAGCUGCAGGACCUGAAGACACAUUUCUUCGUGAUUGCAGUCGCAGAGGCGUCUGCACUCGAGGCGCCAGCAACGUCAGUGUGGGAUUACCUGAACCGCCAGAUCACGGUCGCAGUGUAUGGUCCCAGGUACAUCCACCCGUCAUUUAAAGCCGUCAUAGUCGUUUGCUGUCACGAGGACGUUCCUACAAAGCUCCCGUUUUCAGAUAUCUGCAGAGGCAACAAAAACCUGCCUCCUCUUGUGUUGCAACUUUGGGGGAAACACAGUUUGAAACCUGAGAAGCUGAGUGACCUCCAGGUUUCAGUUGACAUUGCAGGCUCUGUGUUCAAAAUCAGGCCUGAGGACAAGCUGAAAGAGGUGAGGCAGAGUCAGCUGAAAAUCGGGACAGUUCUGCACCUGCCGGUUGGAAUAUCCUGCUCCAGCAGCGCACAAAUGACUCCUUUCAGUUUGGAUGUACAAGUGAAGGAAUCAAACUCCUCGGAGGUCAAGCAUUUCCAGGUGCCUUCCCCUCCUGCAGCACCCAUCCGAUCAGAAAAGCGGGUGCCCAGGCAGGCGGAGAAGAAGAUGGAAAUGGCAAAAACCUUGUCUAUUCCCGAGGAGAGCGUUUCAGAUUCACCCAGAUUCUCAGACAGAGACGUGAACGUGCAGUGGUACGGAGUCACCCUGAAGUCCGUGCUCCGCCAGCCGCGGGUGGAAUACCUUCUGGAGUACUUCAAGGGCGACACAGUGGCUCUCCUCUCCAGAGAGACCGUGAGAUCAGUCGGCAACUCCAAAGUGAAGGAGUGGUACAUCGGGUUCCUCAGAGGAAGGACUGGUUUGAUCCACUGCAAAAACAUCAAACUCAUCUCCAGGGAUCAGGUCAUCGACUUCACCGGCAUCCAGGUCACCACGGAGGUCCUGCUGGACAACAUGACGCUGCCCUUCAAGAAGCUCACCUACAUGUACUCCGCCAUCCAGACGCUGAUCACUGAACACAUAACCAGCUGGAGACGGUUCGCCAAUGCUUUAGGGUACAGGAACCUGUGUCUGGACGCCAUCAUGCGGCGGCACGCUGAAACGGAAGCCGACAAGGUGGCCUGUGUCCUGGAGAAGCUGAAGGAGGACUGCCACACCGAGAAGAUCAAGAGGAAGUUCCUACAUGAACUCAUGUCGGGCCUGCUGAAGAUGGACUCCUGGAGUCUUGUGACUCAGCUCAUUCAAAACACCGUCAUUCUGUCCACGGCGGUCGAGCUGGGAAACCGGUGGCGGGAGCUCGCCGAGAAGAUGGGAAAACUCUCCAGUUCUCAGAUAGCCGCGUACGAAGCCCCACAUCGAUCGAAGAACGGAGAGAUAAACCCGCAGUCCAUGUGGAAGCCUGCCUUUGACUUCCUCUACUCCUGGAGUCUGCGCUACGGCAACAACUACAAGGACAUGAUCCAGGAUUUGCACCUGAUCCUGGACAAAAUGAAGAACCCCACCACCAGACAGUGGAGGCAUCUGACCGGCGCGCUCAUCACCGCCAACUGUCUCGAGAUCUUUCAGGUCUCCGCUUUCCCCAAAUCAUAAACCUUUUGCAGUCCCGAGGUGAGAAACACCCAAAAAAAUUCUGACUUUAGCUGACUGUAAUCAGGCUGUCAGUGAUCAUGUUACAAAGCUUUGUCAUUGCUUUGCCUGUGUGUUUAUUUUUGGAAACAAACUUCACCCAGUUAACUGCACUAUUAGAAAUCACAACCUGAGAGGAAAACAAACAAAAAAGAGUCUGUAUGAAAGUCACAGAGUCAUACACUGCUUGUAUUAAUGUGUUGUAUUGUUUUUUACCGUAUGUUAUGUCGACCACCAAUGGCUGUUUUAAAUAUGUACAAUGCCAAUUAAUAUAUAAACUUUGUGAUUUUUAUUCUGUUGCCAUUUAACUGAAAGCUAACAUUGCACAGCUAUUGAGCUAUUUCUUGAUUAUCUUAAUUGUGUUCACAGUAUAUAUGCUGCUUUUGCAGCGCUACACAGUGUGGUUUACAUUCAGUUUAUUUUAUAAUAAGAAUCUGAUGCAUCUUUACAUGUGAAUUUUAUAUCAGUGGGAUUGUUUGAGAUAGUUUUUGUAAAUAGUUGCAAUGGAUAGUUAAAGAAAUGUGAACAGUGCUGCUAAAAUGUCCAAGAGUUGCAGUUCUGACAGUCGGGUCAUUGUUACUUUUUGAAGCUCUUUUGUAUUGAAAAUUAAAAGUUUUAACCAAAGUUAAAGUUUCCUGAUGUCAGGAAAAAUAAACAAAAUAGCCACAAUGCAUGUGUCAUAAACAGUUUCUUAAAUAUCUGUGUUAUUUUAAUACUGUGAUGUAAAAAAAAAAAAAAAGCAUAAAGUGUACUAAUCAUAUCCUGUAAUUGUGAUAUUUUCUUUCACUACCAAACAGA